GACCGGCUUCGUGAUGUGUUAGAAAUUACGUUAUUAUCAAUUCAGUUAAGACUUAUAAGCUUACUAAACCCCACAGCGAAGUAACUAUUAUCGCAUUCUAUCAUCAUGGUGUCUGUUAUUAAUUCAGUUGAUACAGCUCAUGAAGACAUGAUUCAUGAUGCACAGCUUGAUUACUAUGGAACAAAACUGGCGACCUGUUCAUCAGAUCGGACAAUAAAGAUAUUUGAUGUUAAGAGUGGACAACAAACACUUGUGUCAGAACUGAGAGGACAUGAUGGUCCAGUAUGGCAGCUUGCCUGGGCACAUCCUAUGUUUGGUAAUCUGCUAGCGUCCUGUGGUUAUGACAAAAAGGUUAUCAUAUGGAAGGAAAGCAAUGGAACCUGGGGAAAACUCUAUGAAUAUCCUAAUCAUGAUUCAUCAGUAAAUUCUGUACAGUUUGCUCCUCACGAAUUUGGUCUUAUAUUGGCAUGUGGCAGUUCUGAUGGGUCUAUUUCAAUAAUAUCCAGUGCAGGUGAUGGAGCAUGGGAUGCCAAGAAAAUAAACAACGCCCACUCUAUUGGUUGUAAUGCUGUAAGCUGGGCACCCUCUAUAUCCCCUGGAGCCCUGUUAGAUCAGUCAGUACGUCAGCAGGCUGUCAAGCGACUUGCAUCAGGGGGAUGUGACAAUCUUGUCAAGAUAUGGAGGGAAGAAGAUGGGCAGUGGAAGGAGGAUCAGAAGUUAGACGGACAUAGUGAUUGGGUGAGGGACGUUGCCUGGGCACCCUCUAUAGGUCUGCCAAAAAGUAUCCUGGCAAGUUGUUCUCAGGAUUUCCGGGUUAUGAUUUGGACUAAUGAUGGAACAAGCAGCGACUGGACAUCUAAAACACUAAAUAAGUUUAACGACGUUGUGUGGCAUCUUAGUUGGUCAAUCACAGGAAACAUUCUGGCUGUAUCAGGGGGAGACAAUAAGGUCAGUCUAUGGAAGGAGACACUAGAAGGGCAGUGGGUGUGUAUCAGUGAUGUUACCAAAGGUCAAGGUCAAGUCACAGACAGUCAAAAGGGCUCCUCAAGUUGAUACAGUAACCAUAGUGAUUCAGUAACAAUCUCAGCCAGGACUGUACUGGGGACCAUAUGUGUGUUAUGACUUUGCUAUCCAAAUCACCAGACAGGCACAGACACAUAUCAAAUGGUCCCCAAAACAAUAUGCCAUAAAAUUCUUUGCAAUUUUCAUUAAGAUUGUAUAAAUGAUGAAGAUGGACUGUGUGGACCUGUGGUUGGGGCACAUUGAGGAGACAUGGGUGUUUUGUAACAAUCCUUAUUUCAGUCCUCAGUGAUUGUAAUGGAGACAUGGUGCCAAUUUCUAUUAUUUAUACAAGCAUUAGGACACUCCUAUAAGGGGUGUGAGUUUUCAGCUAUCAGGGUUUGUAAAAGCCAUCAUUAUUGAAUAUGGAUUUUUGAAAUUUUACGGUUCAUUAGAUAUGAAACCACGGUUUCUCUGCAGAAAAUGUGUUUCAAAUUUUCGGAAUUUUGUCAUAUACUAAUUCUAUGAUUGAAUAUGAAAUGAAGAAGGGACUGAAUGUUCACCAAUUACAAAGUAUCUGUGAGGGAUAUUUUAUGACAAGUUGUUUCCAUCCAAAUGUUAAAGAAAAUUUUCAUUGAGCUGAUAAAUAGUGCUCAUUUCUUUAAAACCUUAGUAUCAUACAGAAUGUAUAAUACUUUAUACUUCAAUUUUGUACCUUGAUCUCAAAUCACUGACUGGUAAUGUGUUUGAUUUCAGUGCUCCAUACGAGGAUUAAGAUAGGAGAGUUAAGUAUCUCUCUAUCUAGGUUGUAAAUAAUGAAAAAGUACAACUUGAUUAAAUCUAGGGCUACACUUGUAUCUCACAACAGUAAAACUAUAAUGUUCUGUAGAGGUGUUAUUGCGAUCAUGUCUGGCAUGUCUACAAGGAACUCUUGUGCAGUAGACAAGACAUUUGUAAAGUCUGGCUUAACAGCUUUCAUAACUUUCUCUAAAUUAGUAUUUGUUUUCAAAGAAAUGGAGUGCCCCACUUGAAUUUGGUUUAAUUGAAAUUCUUAUCACUUUCCACAAAACCAGGCACAAAAAAAAUUUUGAAAGAGGUCUCGUUUUUAUUUAUUGAUUUUUCUUAUUAGAAUUAUGGUGAUAUGCUGAUCAUUGAACUAAGAAAGUGAACUUUUAUUCAUAAGGGGCUCACCAGAACUCAUGAAGUGCUUUUGAGGACUAAGAUAAUACAUGUACCAAAGAAAAUUUUGAAAUGUAAAAUAACAAGAGGCUUAACCGAGUUUACAUGUCAUGUUGCUUUCUACACAGAAAAUCUUUUGAAAUUAUUAUUCAUUUUCAUAGGAAAUACUUCUUAUGCUUGCAUAUUGAUAUGGCAAGAAUUUGUUGUGUUGAUGUUGUGUGGAAAUGCACUGUAUAUUGAGGUAUUUUGAGGAUAUUUAAAUCCUUACUAUUACAGUUGUCUGUCUUGGCACCAUCCUUACACAACUAUUUUUGUUGCAAGGACAUAAAACCCUAUAACAGUAAAAACAAAAAUCAAUUGUCGCAACAUUAUCAGGAAAUUCUGUAUUAUAAACAUGAUAUAAUGUACAUGUAAUUGUGCAUGGCUCUUUGCAAAUGUAUUGAGAAUAUUCAUGAAUUUGAAAGAAAACACUGGUUUGUGCCUCAGUUAAAGUCUUUUCUGAUAAGUAAUGGACUUUUAACAAGUAAAGGUAAAUAACUUAAUAUAUCCAGUGUAUUUUUAGGUUAUUUCAAUUCUAACUGUUAUAGGGGUCUGUCUUGACAUCUGUCCUUAUAUGAGCCAGGCUGUAGUGAGGAUAUGUAAAUAACUAUCAAAUUACCAUGUGUACUGAUAACUGUGUGCUGAGAGAGAGUGGAAAGUGAGAACUGAUAAAAGAGAAUACCACUAUAUAUAAUGUAGAUGUUGGUGUAAAUACAGUUUUUGAAUGACUAA